GUGUUCGGCCCACACAACUGGUCACCCAACAACACCAUGAACACCCUCAUUGUUCUCCUGGCAGCUGUCGUCUCCCUGGCUGGGGCCCAAACUGACGCCCCUGAGUGCCACUGUGGUAUGUUCAUCACUCACUACCACGAGGAGUAUGAGGUACACAGGCUGCCACCUUUUGAUCUCGACGACUGCAGCGCCUUCAAAAGGUGCAAGAAGAAGUGUGCCCUGGAGUACGAUACCUACACCAACGGAGGAGAUCUGAACUACCGCCUAGACAAUGGCUACACCGUGGGCCAGGAGAUAUGUAUACAGAUGGCCCAGAAACACAAUGUUGGUGAUCUUUGGGAUGAGACUGUGUACGGCUACGCCCGCCAGUGCAACGGUCCCUGGGAUUAUGACGGUGAGUCCAGCAUCAACAACCUGUGCUGUAGUCGCGGCCACUUCGUUAAGUGCGAAGAGUGACCCUUAUAGCCUACACCUACCCUAGACCACAACGUUCCUUGCCGCAAGCGACUCCAACCUAUUGUACACACCUCUUAACUUUAUGUGACAUCACUCAAUAAAUAGCUGAAAAAUUUUC